AUGCCCGGUCGAGGUACGACAGAUGCCAUUUUCGCAUUACGCCAAUUGUGCGAAAAGUACAAGCGCGUGCAUAAAGAUCUGCACAUGGUUUUUGUCGACCUUGAAAAGGCGUACGAUCGGGUUCCCCGUGAGGUCGUGUGGUGGGCGUUAAAGAUGAAAGGUAUGCCUGGGAAGUAUGUGAGGUUGGUCCGUGCUAUGUACAGAGCAUCCCGUACAUGUGUACGAUCUGCCGCGGGAACUACGGGCAGUAUCGAUGUGGCGGUAGGGCUGCACCAAGGGUCGGCACUGAGCCCUUACCUCUUCCUACUGAUUAUGGACGCUUUGACGUCGGACCUGCAGGAUGAGGCACCCUGGUGCAUGCUCUUUGCCGAUGACAUCGUGCUUGUCGGGGAAGAAGGCAUCGAGGUACAGAGCAGACUGACGGGGUGGCAACGGAGGCUGGAAAGUGUUGGCCUGAAGAUCAGCAGAUCCAAAACCGAGUAUCUGUGCUGUGAUUUCGGCGGUCUUUCCAGUCCUGUACCCAUGUCGUUGGAUGGCGCUAUACUGCCUAUCUGCUCAGAUGUCAAGUACCUCGGUUCCCUCAUUCAAGGCGACGGCGGAAUAGAUAGAGCUGUGCAGCAUAGGAUUAACGCAGGGUGGAUGUAA